AAGUCAACCUACACCUGGACCUAGCACAAUAGUAGGCGAGAGCAUUCUAAAUGCACCUACUAUAGAACAAGUCAUGGAGGGCCUUAGAACUCAGCCUUCUGAAUGGUCUGACCCUGUGGAGAACUCAUUGAUGGGUUUUCUGAAUCAUAAGUUAAUGGGAGUUAACUUAUUGGAUAUUAUCCGGCUCAAUUAUACCAAGGAUACACUGUUCAAGAAAAUCCUGAGUGAACCGAAGAAUUACAGGAACUAUACCUUGCGUGAUGGCCUUCUGUAUUUGAAAGACAAUGAGCGGGAACUGCUCUGCAUCCCUGAGUCAGUCACAGUUGAUGGUAGAAGCCUCCACGAGAUUAUUAUCUCUGAAGGACAUUCCUUGCUAGCACAUCUUGGCGCCGCAAAGACUCGAGUGUACUUACGUGACCAUGUUUGGUGGAAAACU